AUGAAGCCGGCCCAGGCACCGCUGAUCCCUCAUCGGCCUUUUGUAGUAGUGUGGAACGCUCCCACUGAGUCUUGCCGCCUCCGAUUCAAGGUGGACCUGGACCUCAGCGUUUUCGACAUCGUAGCGAACCUCAACGAAACCCUGAGCGGACCAAACGUCACAAUAUUCUACCACAGCCACUUGGGAUACUACCCAUACUACUCCAACUCUGGGGUCCCUAUCAACGGUGGACUGCCGCAGAACCAGAGCAUCUCCAAACAUCUGAGCAAGGCCCGGGCAGACAUCGACAAGCUAAUCCCCCACAAGGAUUUUCGAGGCCUGGGUGUUAUCGACUGGGAGAACUGGAGGCCUCAGUGGGUCCGAAACUGGGGCGCCAAGGACAUCUACCGCAACAAGUCCAAGGAACAGAUCCGGAAACUUCACCCUAACUGGCCGGAGAGCAAGGUGGAGAAGGAAGCGAAGGAAGGUUUCGAGAGUGCUGGACAGGCCUUCAUGAACCUGACCUUGGCCCUGGCUGAAGGUCGCAGGCCGGACGGGCUUUGGGGGUUUUACCUCUUCCCAGACUGCUACAACUAUGGCUAUAAGCAGCACCCGCAAAGGUACACCGGCGAAUGCCCCAACGUUGAGCAUGUACGCAACGACCAUCUGAUGUGGCUUUGGAAGGAGAGCUCUGCCCUCUACCCGUCCAUCUACCUGGACUAUGAGCUUAAGUCCUCCUCCAACACUGUUAAGUUCGUCCACUAUCGAGUCAAGGAAGCCAUGAGGAUCGCGUCUAUCGCCCGUACAGACUUCACAUUGCCAGUGUUUGUCUACUCCAGACCUUUCUAUGCCUACACCUUUGUGGUUCUUUCAGAGAGCGACCUGGUUCACACCAUCGGGGAGAGCGCCGUCUUAGGAGCGUCCGGUGUCAUCCUCUGGGGAUCAUCAGAGUACGCACGAACACAGAGUAACUGCCUGACAAUAAAAAGGUACAUCGACGGUCCUCUGGGACAUUAUGUCAUCAACGUCACCUCCGCCGCCAAGCUGUGCAGCAAAGCGCUAUGCAAGAAGAACGGCAGGUGCGUCCGCAAGAGCCUGGACUCGGGCGCUUACCUGCACCUGAAUCCGCGCUUCUUCCACAUCCACCGCAACCCGGCUCCCAGGGGCCCCCGCUAUCACGUCAGCGGCCACCUCAACAACCACGACAUCCUUGACAUGAAGCACAAGUUCACCUGCCAGUGCUACCAGGGCUGGACAGGUGUUUACUGUGAGAUGCCCCAGUCUCCAGCCGCUCCUCCUCCACCACCUACCCCACCUCAGCCCGCCGUCCCUCUCCUGCUCCUCAUUUCCCUCCAUUUCUCCUGUCUGUGUAUCAUCCUGUUCCUGGGACUCUGUCUGAUAAUCAAGUGUCUGAUACUGUAG